UAUGUGGAACUAUCCUAUAACUGGGGUGAUCCAACGGUCACGAUCAACAUUAAAGUCAACGGCAAAGAGAUUGGAGUUACCGUCAGCCUCGAAGCCGCUCUGCAACGAUUGCGGGCUGCAGGGUCAUACGUUGUCUGGGCAGAUGCAUUGUGUAUCAACCAAAUGGACAAGCAAGAAAAGAGCCUCCAGAUUCCUAGGAUUGGCGCAGUCUUCAGAAAGGCAUAUGGGGUGGCCAUCUGGUUGGGUGAUGAA